AUGGCCUCGCCUACUGCGCAUGAUGGAGUGACAGUUGCCCUAACCGUGACCACAAAUUCGCCGACAUUGUCGCUUUCCUCUUCCCACUUUCUUGAGGUGUUUGUCCGCGCCCGCAUCAUUCAUUCCACGCGCCCGGGCCGAUCAGUCACCAUCGCCGCCGACCGGUCGGUGUUUGCAGGGGAGGGUCUGGAAAUUGGCGUCUUCGGCCCCGGUCUCACCUCCAAGCAGGAUCCCUCGCGGACCAUCAAUUUCGGGGUUAUUAGACCACGCUAUCAUGACCAUUUUGAGGGGCCAAGUCUGGCCGAAAGAGGGUACCGCCUCCUCACCAUCCCGGGAGACGGUUCAGACAUUGUGGUUCCUUAUCAAAUACCACUUGGCCGUCUGUUCGAGCAUUCUCCUCUCCGCCCAGAAGAUAUUACGCCUGGAGAGGAGUUCGAGAUCAAAGUCAACCAUAGCCGAUGUGACGUCUUGUGGUGGUGCUGGGGUGAUGUGGACGGCGAUCUCAAGGGGAAGGACCUUCACACAUGGUCGCAGGGAGGGAAUUAUUUGUGCCCGUUUGAUGAACGACCCACUGAGGCGGAGAUCGAGGAAGGGAACUAUAUCCUGGGAGGGGAUGUGGAUAAGUUUGAGGUAGAGGACCAGACAGGACCCAUUGGCAUCACGAUAAUCGCGUAG